UGGAAAGCAGAACUAUUUCAUUUUGUGUGGUUGAACUUCUCAUUCCGAGGUGUAAACCAAAAGCUAAGAAACAAAGAAGCCAAAAGGAGCUUUUCCUGUGUUUGGAGUGUUGGAAUCUCAGAAGACUGAAUCUUUAGGCAUCUUGAUAUUUGGCAAAGGAAUAUACUGCACUCUUCUGUAUAGAAAUCUUGACUAAUAAAAUGCUCGGAGAAGCCUUUCUACUUGAACUCCUAUACAAAGAACAGAAAUAUACAACAGUUUGUAAACCACUUACAUGUAAGAAGACCUCAAAUGAUGAAAAGGAAACUUGGAAAAAGCAGCUUUUAGAUAUAGAAGACAAUUCACUUUCUCCUGAUAAAAUAGAAAAUCAACAAAAGGUUGAGAAAGAAAGUUCAACAAAGCAAAUGAAUGAUAAUAGUAAAAUAGAAUUUGUGGAUGAAAUAACUGUACCAAAAUACAAAAGUGCAUCCUGUCCAGGAAAUCUGUCUGUUGCACUGCCCAUUCCAAAAAGAGAACAACGUGAUGAAAGACAACUGGAUUUAUACCAAUCUUGGUCAUGUACAAGUAUUUGCCAGAAUUAUCCUGACCUACAGAUUGGAGGAGACCAAGUGGGCAACAUGUAUGAUUCAGGCUGCAUUGUGGAACAGAUACGUGAUGAUGCUUUUAAUGGUCCCCUUUUAUUUUCAGUGGAUAUACCAUUGGGCCAUUCUCCUAUUAUUAAGCCUCUAGAGAAACCGCCUGCCUCAAAACUUUUGAAUGGGGAUGAAAUUCGAGAAAAAAGUAUGUUGUUUCUUAAGCAGCCCCUCUCUAAUUCUAUGCUUAAUAAGUAUAUGGAAAACAAGCUGGAUGAACUCUACAAACAAUUUUUGGAAGAAAAUCUCACCAAGUGCCUCUCUAUAACCAACCUUAUGGCUUCUAAUUUGCUAAUGAAUAAUGUAAAUCAGUUUAGCCUUCAAAUCUCUCAAGAACAGAACAUAGAGGCUUCAAAAGUCCGGGAAGCUCUCCUACAUUCUUUUUCAAGAUGUAAUCUCUAUAACAUUUCUCAUGGAAACAGUUCUGAAUUUAGCACUCCUAACCUACAAAUAUCAAACCAGAGAAGUAAGGAAUUUGUAUCAAAUGUAUUAUAAAAACUAAUCAUAGGUUCCUUACAAGAGACUGGUGUAAUAAUAGUUUUCUCUGCUUUAUCAUGUCACAUCAGGCCUCCUGGGCUAUGGCUAUUAAACUUUUUUGAGAAAUUAUUUGGCCUUGGCAUGGUAGGUCAGUUGGUUAGAGAACCAUCCUUAUACGCCAAGGAUUUGGGUUGGAUUCCAAGGUCAGGGCACA